UCGUCGGAGGAGCGGAGAAGAUGGCAGACGCAGACGGAGCUGGUGUGGAUGGAGACAAACUCAGCAAAAAUGAGCUGAAAAGGCGCAUGAAAGCUGAGAAGAAAGCAGCUGAGAAGGAAGCCAAGGUCAAAGAACAGGAGGAGACCAAUGACAAGUCAGAGCAAAAUGCAUAUGAGGCUGAUGAGGAAACCUUGGACCCGAAUCAAUACUUCAAGAUUCGUUCACAAGCCAUUCAAGCCUUGAAGGGAACCGCUGAAGACCCAUACCCUCACAAAUUCAAUGUGGACUUGUCACUCGCACAGUUCAUUGACAAAUAUAACAACCUUCAGCCAGGGGAUCACUUGACAGAUGUCGUCAAUUUAUCAGGUCGUAUCCACGCCAAGAGGGCUUCAGGUGUCAAGCUGCUGUUCUAUGACCUGCGAGGAGAGGGAGUCAAGCUGCAGGUCAUGGCCAACUCCAGGAACUACAAAUCAGAAGAAGAUUUUUUGCACAUCAACAACAAAUUAAGGCGUGGGGACAUCAUUGGGGUCCGUGGGAACCCUGGCAAGACUAAGAAGGGCGAGCUGAGCAUCAUCCCGAUCGAGAUGACUCUGUUGUCUCCAUGCCUUCAUAUGCUUCCCCACCUUCACUUUGGCCUGAAAGACAAGGAAACCAGAUUCCGACAGCGAUAUCUGGACCUGAUUCUUAAUGACAGUGUGAGACAGAAGUUUGUGACCCGCGCCAAGAUCAUCACCUAUCUCCGCAGCUUUCUGGACGAGCUUGGGUUUCUUGAGAUCGAAACACCAAUGAUGAACCUGAUACCCGGUGGUGCUGUAGCAAAACCAUUUGUUACCCACCACAAUGAGCUCAAUAUGAAACUCUACAUGAGAAUUGCUCCUGAGCUUUACCAUAAGAUGUUGGUAGUCGGAGGACUUGACCGGGUGUAUGAAGUCGGGCGUCAGUUCCGUAAUGAAGGCAUUGAUCUCACCCACAACCCAGAGUUCACCACAUGCGAGUUCUACAUGGCUUACGCCGACUAUCACGACCUGAUGGAUAUCACAGAGAAGCUGCUCUCAGGAAUGGUGAAGCACAUCACUGGAGGAUAUAAGGUGACGUAUCAUCCUGAUGGUCCGGAGGGACAAGCCUGUGAAAUAGACUUCACUCCUCCCUUCAGACGCAUCAGCAUGACUCAAGACCUGGAGAAGGAAUUGGGGGUGAAGUUUCCAGCUCCUGACACCUACGACAGUGAUGAAACACGCAAGUUCUUAGAUGACCUUUGUGUUCAGAAAGAAAUUGAAUGCCCUCCUCCCAGGACGACUGCCCGUCUUCUGGACAAGUUAGUGGGAGACUUCCUGGAGGUGAAGUGCAUCAAUCCAACUUUCAUCUGUGAUCAUCCACAGAUCAUGAGUCCUCUAGCAAAAUGGCACAGAUCCCAGAAAGGUCUAACUGAGCGAUUUGAACUGUUUGUGAUGAAGAAGGAGAUCUGCAACGCAUACACAGAGUUGAAUGAUCCCAUCAGACAACGAGAACUGUUUGAGCAGCAGGCUAAGGACAGGGCAGAGGGGGACGAUGAGGCGAUGUUUAUUGACGAAACCUUCUGCACUGCCUUAGAGUACGGCCUUCCACCCACGGCAGGAUGGGGCAUGGGCAUCGACCGCCUCACAAUGUUCCUCACAGACUCCAACAACAUCAAGGAGGUGCUUCUCUUCCCAGCCAUGAAACCUGAAGAAAAUAAACCAGCUCCACCUGCAGAUGGCACAUCAGUGUAACGCCGUCGCUGACUUUAUAAUAUGAAUGA